AUGGCGGGAGGGCGGCUCUGAGGAGACCUCGGCGGCGGCGGAGGAGGAGAGAAGCGCAGCUCCGCGCAGCGCUGGGGCCCAUGUGGGGAGGAGUCGGAGUCGCUGUUGCCGCCGCCGCCGCCGCCGCCUGUAGCUGCCGGAGCCGGGUGGGAGUGAGGGGGACACGGCAGGAUGAAGUUCGCCGAGCACCUCUCCGCGCACAUCACUCCCGAGUGGAGGAAGCAGUACAUCCAGUAUGAGGCAUUCAAGGAUAUGCUGUAUUCAGCUCAGGACCAGGCACCUUCUGUCGAAGUUACGGAUGAAGAUACAGUUAAGAGAUAUUUUGCCAAGUUUGAAGAAAAGUUUUUCCAAACCUGUGAAAAGGAACUUGCCAAAAUCAACACAUUUUAUUCAGAGAAGCUGGCAGAGGCUCAGCGCAGGUUUGCUACACUUCAGAAUGAGCUUCAGUCAUCUCUGGACGCGCAGAAGGAAAGCUCUGGCGUCACCACACUGCGGCAGCGCAGAAAGCCCGUCUUCCACCUGUCCCACGAGGAGCGCGUCCAGCAUAGGAAUAUUAAAGACCUUAAGCUGGCCUUCAGCGAGUUCUACCUCAGCCUCAUCCUGCUGCAGAACUACCAGAAUCUGAAUUUUACAGGGUUUCGAAAAAUCCUUAAAAAGCAUGACAAGAUCCUGGAGACAUGCCGUGGAGCAGACUGGCGAGUGGCUCAUGUAGAGGUGGCCCCGUUUUAUACAUGCAAGAAAAUCAACCAGCUCAUUUCUGAGACUGAGGCUGUAGUAACCAAUGAACUUGAAGAUGGUGACAGACAAAAGGCUAUGAAGCGAUUGCGCGUCCCCCCUUUGGGAGCUGCUCAGCCUGCACCAGCAUGGACUACUUUUCGAGUUGGCCUAUUUUGUGGAAUAUUCAUUGUGUUGAAUAUCACCCUUGUGCUUGCAGCUGUAUUUAAACUUGAAACAGAUAGAACUAUAUGGCCCUUGAUAAGAAUUUAUCGGGGUGGCUUUCUUCUGAUUGAAUUCCUUUUUCUACUGGGCAUCAACACGUAUGGUUGGAGACAGGCUGGAGUAAAUCAUGUCCUCAUCUUUGAACUUAAUCCAAGGAACAACCUGUCUCAUCAGCAUCUCUUUGAGAUUGCUGGAUUCCUGGGGAUAUUAUGGUGCCUGAGCCUUCUGGCCUGCUUUUUCGCUCCAAUUAGUAUCAUCCCUAUCUAUGUGUACCCACUUGCCCUGUAUGGAUUUAUGGUCUUCUUUCUUAUCAACCCCACCAAAACUUUCUACUAUAAAUCCAGAUUUUGGCUGCUUAAACUUCUGUUUCGAGUAUUUACAGCUCCCUUCCAUAAGGUCGGCUUUGCUGAUUUCUGGCUGGCCGAUCAGCUGAACAGCCUGUCAGUGAUACUCAUGGACCUGGAAUAUAUGAUCUGCUUCUACAGUUUUGAGCUCAAAUGGGAUGAGAAUAAGGGCCUGUUGCCAAGUGAUCCACAAGAACCAGAAUUUUGCCACAAAUAUUCAUAUGGUUUGCGAGCCGUUGUUCAGUGCAUUCCUGCUUGGCUCCGCUUCAUCCAGUGCCUGCGCCGGUACCGUGACACAAAAAGGGCCUUUCCUCAUUUAGUAAAUGCUGGCAAAUACUCCACCACUUUCUUUACCGUGACCUUCGCAGCCCUUUACAGCACUCACAAAGAGCGACAGCACUCUGACACCGUGGUGUUCUUCUACCUGUGGGUUGUCUUUUGUGUCAUCAGUUCCUGUUACACCCUCAUCUGGGAUCUCAAGAUGGACUGGGGUCUCUUCGACAAGAAUGCAGGCGAAAACACUUUCCUCCGGGAAGAGAUUGUCUACCCGCAAAAAGCCUACUACUACUGUGCCAUCAUAGAAGAUGUGAUUCUGCGCUUUGCUUGGACUAUCCAAAUCUCUAUUACUGCUACGAAUUUUCAGCCUCACGUUGGAGACAUCAUUGCUACUGUCUUUGCCCCCCUGGAGGUUUUCCGGCGAUUCGUAUGGAACUUCUUCCGCCUGGAGAAUGAGCAUCUAAAUAACUGUGGUGAAUUCCGUGCCGUGCGGGACAUCUCUGUGGCCCCCCUGAAUGCAGAUGAUCAGACACUCCUUGAGCAGAUGAUGGACCAGGAAGAUGGGGUUCGAAACCGCCAGAAGAAUCGGUCAUGGAAGUACAACCAGAGCAUAUCCCUGCGCCGGCCUCGCCUCGCGUCCCAAUCCAAAGCCCGAGACACGAAGGUAUUGAUAGAAGACACAGAUGACGAAGCUAACACUUGAAUUCUCUGAAGUCUAGAUUCCCAUCCUUGGUUUCCUACUCUACAAUUCUUCCCUUGACCAACGCAACCUCCAGCACCUUUUUCCAGCUGAGAACAGGAGAAAACAGAACACGUUCCCGGGCUCUUCAGAUCGGGUCCUAUGGACUCCGAGCAAGCGCCCUGUGUUUCUUUUCUUUUCUUCUGGUUUAAUCUUCAUUUUUCUAUUGUUAAAACAAAUACUUCAUUUUGCCAAUCAGAGGAUGUUUAAGGAACAAAAACCUAAUAUCUUAUGGAUUGUUUACAAUCACAAAGACACAGAUGCCCGUCAGGAUGAAGAACAGGCGUUGGAAGGAGGGCUCUGGUGGACAGCAUGGACAUAACUCAGCUUCCGCCUGGCCCGGGUUUGACUGUUUGAAGCCGGACACUGGUUCUUAAAUUUUCCGUCAGGUUCUGUGGAGAGUUCUUUCCCUUCCUUCCUAGCCAGCGUAAAGGCACUGGCAGCACUUGCAGGAAGUGCAGCUUGGAGCAGCACCCUCCUCCACAGAGCUUUUCAAUUUGACGUGGGUUUUCUCGUUUGGGGAGGGGUUCGGGUGGGUGGGGAAUAUGAUGUAUUCGUUACCUGUGGUCUUCUCAUUAUUUAUGAAACUUAACCAUAAAUGAAUGAUACUACUCCUUUGAAGGGAGGCGGGAGAAACUAAAGUCAGAUUGCAUUUGGGAGGGUCAAGCCCACAUACCUCUUUCAGGAAACAACUUGACCAGUUUGACUUUUCCUUUUUCGUUUUAACUUUAAGCCAAAAUUUUAUUGCUAAAUAUUAAGUUGCCGCUCUAGAGUCCCGAUCGGCACUGUCAUGACCUGGCAUCCCACUUGCUUCCAGCUGGUAGCCAUUCAGAGAAGAGGCUCCAAUAGCUGUGUCUUUAGGGCCUGGUGCCGGAUCCACUCUCUCAUAAACCAGACACAGCAAUGAGGUUCUGCCUUGUGCUUCUGCAUGUAAGAGAAGUGUAGUCUGAGUCUCACUGGCGGAAUGGGAAGACAGGCCUAUUUCAGACUCUUCAUGCCUCUAUUAAAUAUUUCCCCGUCUGCUCUCAUCUACUUUAGCCAGAAUUGAUUCAAAGUCUUUUGUGGGGACUGUACUUUUGAGCAUGUAGAACAAAUCCUUCAUCCUUCAAAUUGCAUUGACAAAGAAGACCUUGGCAACCAUUUCUUAAGCCCAGCAGUAUUGAAAGGUAAAUGUUGGAUUUUAUGACCUCCCACAAUAAAAACCUGUUUUUAAAUUUGGGACCUCUAAACCUGGCCAUACUUUUAAAACUAUAUUUCUUAGAAAUGCCAGGCUAUAAAUACCUUUACUUCUUUAUCUCCUUCCAUCUUUCUAAAUUCUCUAGAGAAACCUAAAAACAUAAAACAUUUGACUUUCUUGAAAAUGGCUGGUAUCAAAUUUAGUGUCCUUCAGGACUAGGGAUAUAGAUCAUUGGGAGUAGUGAUUGCCUAGCAAUCUUAAGACCUUGGGUUUUCUCUCCAUCAUGGGGGGGACCAUUAUUUAAUAAAAUUAAUAAAAAUACCAGGAAAAAGUCAAGUCUGCAUUAAUGCCCCUUCCCUUCAGACCUAGAUGAAAGUCCCACAUAGGAGAGUCAUUAGUGUCCAUGCACUUAGGCCCUUUUCACAUUAACUUUAGACAGAGCAACAGUGAAUAGGAAGGAAGAUGGCAUUUUUUAAACACUUGCUUUGUUUUAAAACCGUGGCUCCUGCCCUUGAACUCUCCUCUUGUCAUUAGCCUGCCUGUGUAUCAUAAUUUACUCAUUAAAGUUACUGCACUACUAAAUUCUACCAGUUAACUCCUCAACUUCCCUUUAGAGUUGUUCAUUUUUAUUCUGACAAGGUUCCAGUAUUUUUCUCCUUCUGAAUUGAGAUUUUAACACAUACAUACACACCCUCGAACGUGCACACAGUGUUGUAGGUUUUGUUGCUUUUUGUGUUUUGCCAAGCAUGUCCCUUGCCCCAAAACUAAAGAACAAACAUUUAUUUAAAAACAAAAA